AUGCACGUCUCAACUUAUUGUGGAUGGAUUCUUAUUAUUGUCACCAUUAGCUUUGCAUCCCCGACCAAGCCAUCCACCGGAUGUGGUUAUACAGCAUGUAACUUGGGCGACCCAACCAAACUAAAUGUUCAUAUUGUAUCACAUACACAUGACGAUGUUGGAUGGCUUAAAACAAUCGAUCAAUAUUAUUAUGGAUCUCGCAAUAAUAUUCAACAUGCUGGUGUACAAUACAUACUUGAUUCAGUUAUUCGUGCACUGGACGAAAACGCUGACCGACGAUUUAUAUAUGUUGAAAUAGCCUUUUUCUGGCGUUGGUGGAAUGAACAAACCGAUGCCAUGCGCAAUAAAGUCAGAGAAUUUGUUAAUGAUGGACGUCUCGAGUUUAUUUCUGGUGGCUGGUGUAUGAAUGAUGAAGCAGCAACACAUUACAAUUCCAUCAUUGAUCAACACAGUUUAGGUGCUGAAUUUUUACGUGAUCAAUUUGGUGAAUGUGGCCGACCAAAAAUUGGUUGGCAAGUUGAUCCCUUUGGCCAUUCACGUGAACAAGGUUCACUUCUUGCACAGAUGGGUUUCGAUGGUUUGUUCCAGGGUCGUGUUGAUUACCAAGAUUGGCAAACACGUAACAGAACAAAAACUAUGGAAAUGGUAUGGAAAACAAGUACUAAUUUAGGCAAUCAAAGUUGGCUAUUUACUGCUAUUUUACGUGAUGAAUACAGUCCACCGGACGGAUUGUGUUUUGAUGAUUCCUGUUCUGAUCCACCCAUUAUGGAUGAUCCACGAUUGCACGAUUACAAUGUUCCAGAACGUGUUCAAGCAUUCAUUCAAGCAUCUCGAGAUCAGGCAGCUGGCUAUGCUACUAAUCAUAUAAUUAGUCCCAUGGGUGCCGAUUUUCACUAUGAAAAUGCCAACGAAUGGUUCAAAAAUUUGGACAAAUUGAUCAAAUAUGUUAAUCUUGAGCAAGCUAAUGGUAGUAAUGUUAAUACUUUCUAUUCCACACCGUCAUGUUAUUUAUAUGCAUUAAAUAAAGCUGGCCGUACUUGGACAACGAAAACUGAUGACUUUUUCCCAUAUGCUGAUCGACCUCAUGGAUUCUGGACAGGUUAUUUUACAUCACGACCUGCUCUUAAACUUUAUGAACGUCAUUCAAAUAAUAUUUUACAAAUUACAAGGCAACUUAAUGCAUUUAGUAACAGUCAAUUACGAGAUAGUAUUUUCGUUUUGAACGAAGCAAUGGGUGUUGUUCAACACCAUGAUGCAGUGAGUGGAACAGAAAAACAAGAAGUUGCCUUCGAUUAUGCUCAACGAUUAUCUGUUGGCAUUGAUAAUGCAAUUAGAGUUAUCAAUAAAGCUUUUGAUAAACUUUUACCUAAAGAUACUCAACCAGCACCAGGACCUCAAUUUCUUUGUCAAGUAACUAAUAUCAGUGAAUGUUUACCAAUUCAGGAUCAAACUCGAUUUACAUUGACACUUUGGAAUCCAACUGUUCAUCCAGUUCUUCAGCAUUAUCGCGUACCUGUCACAAGAUCUUAUACAGUUCGUGAUCCAACAGGACAACCGAUUAUGUCUGAGCUUAUUCCUGUUUCUAACGCAACUAAAAAAAUUCCUGGUCGAACCAGCACUGCUGGUAAUCAAUUGAUCUUUAGAGCUAAUUUACCAGCACUUGGUUUCAAUACAUAUCUCUUUGAAGCUAAAACUACUGAAGAAAAUCAAGAACCAAAAGUAAAAAUCACACAAAAUGCUGAAUGUAUUUUAGAAAACCAAAAUAUUCGAGUUGAAAUUGAUGCUCAAGGAAAUUUACAACAUAUUGUUAAUUUAAGAAAGAGUGUUGAUGUAUCAUUUUCAAGUCAAGGUUUCUAUUGGUAUCAAGGCUUUGCUGGUAAUAAUUCUCAUCCUGAAUUUCAAGCAUCUGGUGCUUAUGUCUUUCGACCGCUUACACAAACGGCCGAACCUGUUAGUCAAACGCGUACAGUCACCUGCAUCAAAGCACUAAGUGUUCAGAUAGCCGUGAUUAUUUUCAAUGACUGGGCAAGUCAAGAAAUAAGUUUAUAUGAUGAAGCUCAACAUGUUGAAGUUGAAUGGACAAUUGGACCUAUUCCAGUCAAUGAUAAUAUUGGAAAAGAAAUUAUUAUUCGUUACGAUACUGAUAUUCAAAGUCAAGCAAAGUAUUAUACUGAUGCAAAUGGCCGUGAAGUUCUUGAACGAAUAAGAGAUUAUCGACCAACAUGGAACUAUACAAUUCUUGAACCAGUGAGUGGAAAUUAUUAUCCAAUAAAUAGUCGAAUAUGGAUUAAAGAUCAAAAUCGACAAUUCACUGUUCUCACAGAUCGGUCCGAAGGUGGUGCUAGCCUUCAUGAUGGUUCUGUCGAAAUCAUGUUACAUCGACGACUUCUCUACGACGAUGACCUUGGUGUUAGUGAGGCUUUGAAUGAAUCUGCAUUUGGUGAAGGUCUUGUCGUUCGUGGUAGACAUUCACUUGUUGUAGACGCAUCUGCUACAAGUGCUCGUAUACAUCGUGUUAGUGCUCAAAAUAUGUACAUGCAUCCACUUGCUGUAUAUUCAUUAACUCAACAAACUUUUGCUAAUUAUUCAGCUGCAUAUCGUCUAACAUGGUCAGCAUUAACAGACGUAUUGCCAUUAAAUGUUCAUUUAUUAACAUUAGAUCAAUUAGGAUCAAAAGAUUAUCUUAUUCGUGUUGAACAUUAUUUUGAAAUGAAUGAAGACGAUACAUAUUCACAUCCAGUGACAAUUGAUUUACAAUCGAUAUUGAAAUCAAUUGGAACAAUUACUAACACAGUUGAGUUGACACUUGGUGGAAAUUUACCACUAGCUGAGUUGCAGCGACUUAAUUGGGUCACUAGUGAUAAGGAAUCAUCUCAUGCGACUGAUCAUAGUAUGUGA